AUGGCAAAGGUGUCGGCGCAGGAUGAAUUCAGCAACAGUAGCUUCGUAGAUGCCAAUAUAACCUAUGCUAAUUCGUCAGAAGCUGGGAUCGACACUGAAAUAGAACAACCGAACAGCCGCUGGUCAGGAACUCGUGUGGGUGGCAACUGCUGUGGCAACUUCCUCAGCGGCGUCUGCACCUUCGUCUCCUCAGAGUGUGUCAACUGCACGUGUUCUUGCAUACCGGGCUACACCUACGUGGAAGGUGUUAUCGGCAGGUGCGAGGUGUUAACGAGCGAAGGAGAUUCCUCGCCUGCUGUUGAAGGGAGUGACAAGCUUCCCUUGGAGGCUUGUUGGGAGAAGAGUCAGUGUACCGAGGGCUUGGAUUGCCUCGAUGGAGUCUGCGCGUGUCCGUCGCCGUGCGAGUACGUGCCGGAGAGGCUGGUGUGCGACUGCGGGCCCCAAGACACGCCGUGGUGGCCCAUCGUCAUCGGCGUGGUCAUCGGGAUCCUCAUCGUCUCCUUCUGGAUCAGGACGAUUGCACAAGAAAUGCCGUAAUAACAAGGUGUCUCAGAUGACGAGAUCGGUCUCGGGAAUUUCCACACUGGGCGCUGCAUAUGGCACUGAUCACGUGACCUUCCAGCCGCUUUCGAAGAAUUAUUCCCAGAAUCCGCACCAGGCUGUGGCACCCACGUCGCCCCUCAGGCCGGCUUUUGGCACCAACGAAAGAACAACCAUAGUGACUGUAGAAAAAGUAGAAUCGCCAACAGCACGCUCACUGGUUCUCAGCGAGAUCCUCACCGCUUCGCCCAAGAACACGCCGCCACAGGGUUGAUUCUUGCACCAAGUAUGCCUCCUGCCUUAUGCCUGCAUGUCCUAGCCGCCAGAUGCAUGUUCUUUGCGGCACACGACGCACUGUAUAUGGAUGGUUGAACCGUAUCCAUGUUGACAGAUUUAGUAAAAGGUAUGAAUGAGAAUGAGUAUUUCU